AUGGCGUGCAUUUCCUUGGAUCAUGAAAUAGACGCCACGUAUAAAACCAACGUUUACAACAUGCCGCUUGUUGAGAUUGUGGGUGUCACUCCAACUGGCAAGACAUUCAGCAUUGCGCACGCACUUAUUGAAAAUGAGCAACAUGCGGCAUACACAUGGGUGUUACAGUGCUUGAGGUCGACGCUCGAAGAAGGGUUCGUCGUGCGUGUGGCACUCACUGAUCGGGAUCUGGCCCUCAUGAAAGCGGUUAAGGAUGUGAUGCCGGAAACGAAGCUGAUACUGUAUUAUGGUUCGUUUAGACACCGGUGGGAUAAACUCGUAAAGUCAAUCACGGUUAAAGAAUACGCAGAGAAUGAGCAGCGGCUAAAAGUAUUCUUGGCAGAUAAACCAAAUCUUUAUAAGUAUCUACAAAUACAGUGGCUUGCCUCGUACAAGGAGUUAUUUGUGUCAUGUUGGGUCGACCAACACCGCAACUAUCGUAACUACACUACCAACAGGGUUGAGAGCGAGCAUUCUUUGCUGAAGUCAGUUAUGCAUCAAAAGCGGCUUACGUUCCACAGAAUCGUUGAAUGUGUUAACUCUGUUGUCAGCGGGCAAUACACCGAAAUAAAGGGGUCACUGGAACAUUGCAGGCAGUACAAUCAAAAUAAACACAACUAUCCCUGUUUAAAGGAUUUGCUCGGUAAAGCCUCCCAUGUAGCCUUGCAAAUUAUGGUUGACGAAAUUGAUCGAUUGAAAAAUACACUAAAAGGGGACGUGUCAAAGUGCGGGUGUACAGUAUGGGCUAGCUGUGGCUUGCCAUGUAGUUGUCGACUUCUAACAUACAUGCAGGAACGAAGGCGUGUUCAAGAAUAUGAGAUAGAUGCAUUUUGGUGCAGGCUCGAUAUAAAACCGUCCACCUGCCUGCCUGGAAAUGUGAAGAAAGACUCGGAUGAUGACAAGCCUGUUGAGGACUUUUGUGGCGAGGUUACUACUGCCUUGGAACGACAACCCAUAAAACAAAGGAAAAGCUUGAUGUCAAAAAUAAAGGACCUCAUCUAUCCGGGUCGGUCCAAAAUCAAGGAUCCGGAGGUCCAAAAGAAAACACGUGGUAGACCUGUUGGGUCAAAGAAAAAGAUGCCAGACUUGAACGUAUCACCUCCGAUGCCACCACCACCAAAGAUGAAAAAGUCGAGGUCCGUGCACGUGACAACACCUAAGUAUCCGGAUACUGCACCAGACUCAGGCUCAUGCUACAUAGACUUUCAGUCGGCGAGACACAGUGACCAUGUGCCCACACAGUCACGUUUCGCGGAGCCUGACACCGAAUUACGGGAGGACACCCGUGGAUAUAUUGAUGAGUUGAUCUGA